GAUGUGUGCUCCAGAGUACCUGAAAAGGGAUGGUACGGGGAUGUAUGCUCCAGAGUACCUGAAAGGGGAUGGUACGGGGAUGUGUGCUCCAGAGUACCUGAAAGGGGAUGGUACGGGGAUGUGUGCUCCAGAGUACCUGAAAAGGGAUGGUACGGGGAUGUGUGCUCCAGAGUUCCUGAAAAGGGAUGGUACGGGGAUGUGUGCUCCACAGUACCUGAAAGGGGAUGGUACGGGGAUGUGUGCUCGAAGCGACCAAGAGAAUGAAAGUGGCGUGUUCCGCCCUGAUCCAACCAGCAGCAGCUUUCAGCGCCCCACCUCUGACAUGAACAUCGCUUCAGGCUGCCCGCUGUGCGACUUCCAGUUUGAAGUCAAGGCUGCACCUCAAGAGCAAGUCAAGAGCAGCAUCCCCAUGUUCAUUAAAUUUGUUGUCCAGACAAACAUCAGUGGACAAUGAGCAGUAAGGCCACACGAAUUGAGUCGGCAGUUUUUCUGAUAUAGUUGAUAUUCGAGAAACUGCUGAUAGAAUUGGUGUGGCGUAGUCAUUGAUCUACACCAGUAGAUAUGUCUACAAGAUGUGUGCACGAAUAUAUCUGAAUGGAGAUGGUACGUGGAAAAGUAUCCACAUGUCUCUCUUCUUUGUGAUACAGUCAAACCUGGAACACCAAACCACAUUGAAACAGUCUUGUCCAAUUUUAUAUAGUUAAGACGAUUUAAUGAGUCAUCAACCGGUGUUUU